CAGGGAGCCUGAUGUGGGGCUCCAUGCAGGGCUCAUCCCAGGACCUUGGGAUCACGACGGGAGCUGAAGGCAGUCGCUUAACAACUGAGUCACCCAGGCACCCCCACGCUCUUCACUUUUAGAAAAUGGUUGACCUCAUAUUUGUAAUCCAUUCAUGUUUAUAAAUUUACAACUUGGGCAUAAUGCCAGUGUCUGUCUGUUUUCCCCCACACCUGCUCCAAUUCCAAAUCUCCACCCAGUCUAGACUUUGUCCUUCCCCAGACUCUGGUUUGAACUGGCCAGGGGUCUAAAGGCUGCCUUUACUUACUGAGUCUGCAGUUUGAGGCACCUAAAAUUGUGAAAAAGUACGAACUUCAUGGGAUUGUUGUGAAAAUUAAUGAGACGCCAUUUUACUCCAUCAGUGGUAACUGCUGUUUCUGAGUUUAGCAGGAAAUAUCCCUAUCAGGAACAAUUCAUUUCCUUAACAUUUUUCCUGCAUCAACGUAUCAAAUAUACCUCUGGCAAACUUACCUAGGCACAGUAGGGUGUUUGAAAUCUUGAUCCUAUUUCUGAGGCUUUUCUUCCUCUUUUAGCCCAUGGAUACCAAUAUGUUAGCCCUGCUUACUUACAUACUCCAGGCCCAGUUAGGGGGUACUGGAGUAGUGUAGGGGUUGAAGCGACAUAGGGAGAGGAUAGGCUGGAUUGCGGGUAUAAGAUAAGGGAUUUCCUCCCAGCAGGGUCAUCCCGCCUUGUGAUUUGGAAGAAGGGAGGUGGGAAUGGGUGGUAAAACCGCAGGGGUCAAGGGUGUAGGCGAGUGGGGGUGCAUACGGACAGUAGGGGUGAGAAAGAAGUAACCAAUUUAGAUCCUAGGUCCACAUGGGUGAUGAAGGGCAAAUAGGAAAAUCUAGCCCCAUCUCCCUCCAUGCCUCCUUGGGGCCGGAAAGAGACGUGAUCCCAAGCCGCUCUGGGCCAAGCUCCCCGCCAGCGGCUCCUGAGAACUCGCGAUCGAGAGGAGACCUCCGAGCUGCCUAGACGGGACCCGGAAGUGCGCACGGGGGAGCCCGAGUUUCCAGUCGUGCCGGGGGACCGUGGUCGCCGCUGCUGCGGAGCGGUUGCGCCAUGACUGCCCGUCCGUUGUGCCGCGCUCUAAAGAAAUUUUAGAGGUCUUGUCUUUGGAGCAGCACCGGGGAUUGGAUCCAGCCCAUGGAGAAGCUGCCUGAGCAGAUAACCCCGGAGUCCCUGUACCCAUCCUCCCAGCAGGAGCCCCGAAAGAGCAAGGGAAGGAGAAAACUGACACCCAGGAAGGAGAAAUAACUUACCCAAGGUCACCCUCCUGGUAAUGGCAGAGCUGGAAUUCGAAUUCAGAUCUGCCCGGCUCCGGAUCGCUUCCACCUCCUUCAGCGCACCCACCGCGAACAGCUGCGGAGGCCAGGGACUGCCGAGCUGAGAGCCAGUUAACAAGAGCCUGCGAGUUCCUGUCUUUUUUCAUCCCUGAAUCGUUACCGCUGGCCUAAGCUGGGCAUGGGGCGUCCGGUGAUGAUGACUUUAGAGAACAAGGAUAUGAAGGGAUUCACGUGGGCCAUAGCCCCAGCCUUGACCUCCCUGGGCUACCUGCUCAUACUGCUGGUCUCCAUCUUUCCCUUCUGGGUACGGCUUGUAAAUGAGGAGUCCCACGAGGUGUUUUUCAGUGGCCUGUUUGAGAACUGCUUCCAUAUCAAGUGCUGGAAGCCUCGACCCUUAUCAGUGUACAUCAUUCUCGGCCGCGUUUUCCUGCUGUCUGCGGUUGUCCUGUCUUUCCUCACCACCUUCAUCCUGGUGUCCUUUGCGUCUCAGCUGUUUCCAAGGACCUGGAAGCACAAUCUGGUGUCAGCCUUCAUCAGCUUCCUCACAGGCUGGCCAAGGCCCUCCCCCGGGAGGCUCCCAUCACAUGGAGAAGGUGGAACGCUCACAGUGGGAGAAUCAGGGGUCUGUGCCUUCCUGGCCUUGUUGCUGCAUGCCCUGGAGAUCCAGAAUCUGAGGAUGAAGCCCAGCCCCCCGCAGUUCUCCGUGCAGUGGCCUUACUACGUCCUUGGCUUUGCCAUCGUUCUGUUCAUAGUGGCUGGGAUUUGCAUUUGCUCCUGUUUGAUGCUUGGAUGUGCAACUAGGAUCACAACAGGUGCCAUCUGCCUCUUCCAAGAGACAGCCUGCCUUAGCUGCCAUUGGUUGCCUAAUUCCCGGAGUAUCGAGGAGAGCCAGGGCGUCCCCCACCUGGAGAAUCUGGAGAGUUUGGGAGGAGACCUAAGCUCCAUACAAAAGGAGACACUGCUGAAGGAAGAAACGGUUAUCUAGUCCAGGAGAGCGUCCUCCAGGCGUCCUCAGCUGUAUGAGCCUGUGAGACCUAAGGGGCAGCGGGUCUCCACUGCUUCCAAGGAGCUUCGUGACUCAGAUCAGUGCUUCCCUUCCCUGUACUCACAGCUAUUCUGUCUUGCUUAUAUUUGCAGUUUAUUAAAAGUUUUUUGAACUAG